GCUUUUUGGAGGCACCGAUUCACUCACUAAGCACAACUAACAACCACUCCGACUCUCUGCCCACUGACUUUGUUUACCACCACCACCAACCGCGACAAUAUUUCCUCUGCACCUGUCUCCCUUCUGUAGCAUUCUCCCAGUCUUUACAGCAUCCCACUCUCAGACUCACCGAAAUCAUCUGUCUGAACACAGCGUGGGACCUACUUGAUCUCUCCUCUGGUACCAACUCCCCACAGAGAGCGGCUUCCUUGCCGCGCAGGCAAGGCCACUGUUUUCCAAUAUGGCAGACGAGGACCUUUCAUCGGAACACCCCACCUACGGUGUGGAGGUACAUGAGACUCCUAAUUUCGACCUGCCUUCCUACAUUGCAAACUACAAGGGUCGGACUGUCUUCCGCAGACUUCACCUCAUUGCCUCGUGUUCUAUCCCGUUGCAAGAAGAAGCCGCUCGGAUGGCGGUCGCGGAGGCCAAGAAGGGCAGCGAUGUUCGAAAUUACCACGAAGCAGUGGCACUGUUGAAGAAGGCAUCUAGGGGCAAAAAUGUGGACAAUCUCGUGGAUCCCGUCUGGGCUGCACAGCAGGAAAAGAGAAAUGCGGCCGAAACCGCCCGUCUGGAGAACGAACUCAAGGGGUACAAGAACAACCUCAUCAAAGAGAGUAUACGUAUGGGAAAUGAAGACCUGGGCAACCACUACUACACCAUCGGCGAUCUUAACAACGCAGUCAAAGCAUACUCACGCAUGCGGGAUUACUGUACCACAGCAGCGCACAUUGCAUCGACAGCAUUUAGGAUUGUGGCUGUGGCUAUUGAACAGAAGAACUGGCUGGCCGUCCAGUCUCAAGUGCACAAGAUCCGCAACCUGCAGAUGAAACCGGAAGACAUGGCCCGAAACCAGCCCAAAAUCUACGCAGCCAUGGGUCUGCAGCAGAUGUCAGUCGGUGAUUACCACAAUGCUGCCAUCAGCUUCCUCAACACGGAAGCCAGCUUGGGAGACAGCUACAGUGAGGUCAUCACCAGCAACGAUGUCGCCGUCUACGGCGGUCUUUGUGCUUUGGCUUCCAUGACACGCUCGGAACUCCAGUCUCAGGUGUUGGACAAUGCCAAUUUCCGCAACUUUCUUGAGCUCGAACCUCACAUCCGCCGCGCCAUCAAGUCCUUCUGUGCAGGCAAAUACAAUCAAUGCCUCGACAUUCUCGAGUCCUACCGCCCCGACUAUCUCUUGGACAUCUAUCUGCAACCCUUGCUCGCCGACAUCUACAAGAAAAUCCGCACCAAGAGCAUGAUCCAGUACUUCGAACCCUUCAGCAAAGUGACCUUGGCCAACAUGGAAAAAAUGUUUGGUAGUCCGAUCAAUCCGCAAGCAUUUCAGGGUGUCGACAAUGAUGCAGGCUCAGCAGCAACGGCUGGCCCACAGAGUUUCCUGGACGAAAUCAUUGCCCUGAUUGAGGAAGGAAAACUUGAUGCGCGCAUUGAUCUCGAGCAUGGCACUCUAGAUGCUGUGCAACAUGACCUCCGUGCUGAAGCCCAACGGGCUGCUCUUGACAUGGUCAAGAGAUUCGAACGCGAGGCUCAUCAGAAGCUACUCAGACUGCAAGUCAUCAAUGCCGGUAUCGAGGUCAAGCUUCCGCCUUCCAAGAAGAAACCGACCUGGGAUGGGGACUCGGUGGACGGUGGUGGUGGUGCUUCGUUUGACGAUGGUGCUAGAGACAUCAUCGCCAGUAAUUCGCAGGGUUCAAGCCGUCGAGGCGGUGGUUAGUUUGGACUGGUCUGAUUGCGGGCACAACAAACUAGUCGUCUCAGCUCGGCUUAGCGAUUGGGCCGCCUGAAAGGUUCACUUCUUCGGGGCUAGACUAGGGAAUACUUUCGGGGCAAACCUUGAUGAAUGAUUGAAUGCCGAUAACGAACGACAUUAAGGAUGACGAAUCAUCAAAAGAAUCAACGUCACACAGCAUGGCGGGCUGGAAGGAAGCGUGUUUGAUAACUUAGCAUUGAGUGUACGGAGUACGGAGAACAAGGGCGAGAGCCAGAGCCCUGGCGAAAGAGAGCCAGAAGAGGGCAAUGCGCAAUUCGACUGCGAAUGCUGGCGGCAACUAGCAUAGCCUAAUUAGACACCGAAUGCCCAUGUUCAAAAAAGGAUCAUGGCCAUUACUUGAAACGAUUCCAAACUG